CGGGAGAGGCCCCCCUCAGAGACCGCUGGGGCGGCUUGGCCCAGUUCCCUGCUAGGCGCCCACCCUGUUCCCGCCAGGGGGGUCGUGGGCUCCUGCGUGCACUAAGGCAGCCUGGCACCAGGCCCAGAAGCCCCUUGCCUGGAAACGUCUGGGGCGAGCUGGCCGCCCGUCCGUCGCACCCUGUCACACUUGACUCGUGCGUGGCAGAGGCAUCGGACUGAUGACCGGGAAGCGGAUUUCAUGAGACAUUCCUGGUUAUGUCCCUUUGGCUCACUCGGUGAUGUUUCAAAAUCCUUCCUGGACUUCACCAGCCCGGCUGUAGUCAACAGCUACCUGGGGUUCAACGUCACCUCGGCCCUGUGCCUCACGGCCUCCCUGCUGCAGGCCUUCCCUGCCCAGCCUGGCUUGGUCCGGACGGUGGUCAACAUCUCCUCGCUCUGCGCCCUGAAGCCAUUCAAGACCUGGGCACUUUACUGCGCUGGGAAGGCGGCCCGGGACAUGAUGUUCCGGGUCCUGGCAGUGGAAGAGCCGGACGUCAGGGUGCUCAGCUAUGCGCCAGGCCCCCUGGACACUGACAUGCAAGCAGUGGCCCGGACCCAGUCGGGAGACCAGGAGCUGAGGCAGGCGUUCCUUCACAUGAAGCAGCACGGGCAGCUGCUGGACUGCGACGUGUCGUCCGAAAAGCUGCUGCACCUUCUCCUUGCAAACACAUUUGAGUCCGGGGCGCAUGUCGACUUCUAUGACCUGUGAGAAAGACCGUUCUUUUCCUGGCAUCCGCUUGGGGAUUCUCCCUUGCAAGCACCCCCUCAACCCUGCCGUCUACUGUCAGAGGUGCAGGAACGCGCAUGUUCCGGUUUCGUUGUACAUGCAGCAGUGAUAUCCUGCCGCGUGGCCUUUGGAUGUCAGGGAAACAUUUGUGAGGUUCUGAGCCGGGUUAUCGAAGGGGGAGGGGCCCAGAGCAUCCGGAAGAGCCCUGACACCGUGGCAUGUGGCGUGUCUGUUGUUGCAUGUGGGAAGAAUUUGGCUCAAUGCCGCAAGAGGAUGGUGUGGAAAGUGGAGGCUUCCGUCAGGGCCCCAUAGCAGCGAUCGUGGGGCAGUUUUUCUGAGCCUAGGAUAUUUCGCCUGCCCGUUGCAGGAUGCGGACUUGGCCGUCUCCUGUUCUGCGCAGUGAGGGCGCUGCUCCCCUCCAGGGUGUCUCAUGCGCAUGGCACUCUCCUCCACCCGCUGCUGAAAUGACUCCCUCGGCUGCCGCACCUGGGACUGGCCACGGAUGCCAAAGCCGCCGGGUGAGGUCUGUGGCUGCAGAAACGGCCAAGGACGACUCGCGUCGUCAGCCCUUAAAAGUGCCACCACGGUUCCGGUUGCUUCUUUCCAUUUUGCAUGACUUUAUUCUGACUGUUGAAACCAGAAAGGGCCAUUUUGGUGGAAAGCUGAAUCUGGUCUGUUUCGCACAGAAACGCCAUUGGAUGGGGCAGAGCAGCUGAGGUCCCACUGCUGUUUCUGUGGGGUUUCUCUGCGGGAACUUGCGCGCGUCCCGCUGCCUUCGUGGAGCCAGUGUGGCUGGCCGCUGCGCUCUGGGAAACCACGCCGGCCUGUCCGAAAGCUUGUCUCUUCGAGACGCUGCCGCAAGGUGUGUGCCGCCUCCCCGUGUGUGUUAAGUGAUGGAUCCCUCCCAGCCCUCACCUCUCUCUCGGUUCCCUUUAGCUCAGAAAGGUUCUGCUUCAGGGAUCACAGCUGCAGGUUUGGCCUCGCAGGUCCCUGGAAGGGAAUCGCAUGGUGCUCCUGGAAAUGGGCGAAAAAGCCCCUGGUCUGCGGGCGAUGGCAGUUGCCUUUAUGGCCGUCAUCACAGGGUUUCGGGUUGGUUCAGUAGAUCGGUAGGAGGGGCCUUCGCGGGAGAACGAGAAGCCUCUUUCCGGGUACCUUUCUCUUUUCUCGGCAGCGUCACCUGGCAUUCUGCUACAUUCCAGCCCAACUUGCUUCUUCUAAUAAAAGCUUCGCUUGUCUUAGUGGA